CUUUGCGGAAUAGAUGGCAGUCUAAUCAGAAAAUGGUAUUUAUGUUGUGGAAAUAUGUCCGGUGUACAUUUUAACCCUUGUGUUGAGUUCUUUGAAUUCAGUAUUUUUCUUGUUUGAAUGCAAAACAGCAUUACCACUCACGUGUAUUUUAUUAUUUACAAGCUGAUGCGCAGAAAAUUUUUGUGAUCCACCUUCCCUCAACUAAUGCUAGUUUUUAAUCUGGUCCUUUUUUGUUUUCUUCGGAGUUUUUUUUAAUAAACUGAAUGUUUUAAGGUGCGCUCCUAACGUUUUACUCCAUCAAGUAUUCAAAUAACCCAGCAGAAAUAUGGAAGGAAAACCUAAAACUGACAAAAAUCGAAACGGCGAAGGCGAUAUGGAGCCAAAGAAUAACUUAGGGAGUGGUCCGCCACCUCCGACGCCGCUCAACAAAACUAAACUAACCGCAGGAGCUAUCCAAGGUCCUAUGACUAAGAAAGACAAACGACAUUCCAGUUCUCGUUUCAACAUUACCAAAAACAGAGAAUUGGAAAUGUUACCCCUUUUAAAAGAAGCAGCUCCAAGCGAUAGAGAAGAACUUUUCAUACAGAAGCUGAGGCAGUGCUGCGUGCUUUUCGACUUUGCUGCUGAUCCCUUAUCAGAUUUAAAAUGGAAAGAAGUGAAAAGAACAGCACUUACAGAAAUGGUCGAAUUCGUGACUCAAUAUAAGGGUGUAAUCACUGAAAGCGUCUAUCCCGAAGCAGUAAAUAUGUUCUCUGUCAACCUGUUUAGAACUUUGCCGCCAUCAUCUAACCCCAAUGGUGCAGAAUUCGAUCCUGAGGAGGACGAGCCCACACUGGAGGCGGCUUGGCCACAUCUGCAACUGAUAUAUGAACUAUUCUUGCGCGUAUUGGAAGCGCCAGACUUUCAAGCAAGCGUGGCGAAGAAAUACAUCGAUCAAAAAUUUGUUCUGCAGCUUCUGGACUUGUUUGAUUCCGAGGACCCCAGGGAGAGGGAUUUGUUAAAAACAACCCUCCACCGGAUUUAUGGAAAGUUUCUAGCUCUGCGGGCGUUCAUCAGGAAACAAAUCAACAAUGUGUUUUAUCGAUUUAUUUAUGAGACGGAACACCAUAAUGGUAUCGCCGAGCUCCUAGAGAUCCUGGGAUCAAUCAUAAAUGGUUUUGCUUUACCUCUCAAAGAGGAACACAAGGUUUUUCUCUUGCGAGUACUGAUGCCUCUACACAAGGUUAAGUCCCUGUCUGUAUACCAUCCCCAGCUCGCUUACUGCGUGGUACAAUUCUUGGAAAAAGACCCGUCCCUAACGCAACCUGUAAUCCAGAGCCUGCUAAAAUACUGGCCCAAGACUCACAGCCCCAAAGAGGUUAUGUUCUUGAACGAGCUUGAAGAAAUACUAGACGUUAUUGAACCGGCUGAGUUUCAAAAGGUUAUGGUUCCUCUCUUCCGUCAGUUAUCUAAGUGCGUAAGCUCCCCGCACUUCCAAGUGGCCGAGAGGGCGCUGUACUACUGGAACAAUGAAUACGUAAUGUCUUUGGUGGCGGAAAAUGCUACCGAAAUACUGCCGAUUAUGUUUCCGAGCCUCUACAAAAACUCCAAGAGUCACUGGAACAAAACCAUUCACGGGCUCAUUUACAACGCGUUAAAACUGUUCAUGGAGAUGAACCAGAAGCUUUUUGAUGAGUGCACAAAGCAAUAUCGUCAGGAAAGGCAAAAAGAACGGGAGCGGCAGAACCAAAGGAUGGAGUUGUGGUGCAAAGUGGAAUCUUUGGCGAUGAGCAGACCUGAAUUUGAAUUGCUGAGGGGCAGAAUGUUUCUGGAUAUAUCUAGCGUAAUCGCGAGUCCCGAAUUCGAGGAGGACGUUAACUUGGAAAAUUUGGAACAAGAAGCGAUUGAGGCAAAAAAGACCAACGCAAAUAAGCCCCUGAUGCGUCGCAAGUCUGAACUACCGCAGGACCAGUACACAGUAACCGCGCUGAAUAGUCACAAGCGAGCAGAUGAAUACCUUUCUACGCCGCCAGACGUCAACAAAUGCUAGUCUUUUACAAAGGUUAGGUAGCUUAGUGCCAACAAUAUUUAAUGUUUUCUAUUUCUACUUUUGAAGUCAUAUAAAAGCAGGAGGGAAAAAUUUAAAGUACUAAGCAGUUAGGAAAUAACUCGAUGGUAUUAGGUGAACUAAUGUAUUCAUUUAUCUUUAUUAAAAAUCGAAUUUGGAUGUAAGAGCAGGAAAUGGAGAGGAGACCGUCUGUGUAUGGUUUCUGAUCAAAAAGUGAACAAAUUAAAAAAAAAAUUAUGCCCAUUAUGGGAUCAUAUGAAAAUAACUAAUAUUGAACUGUAAUUUGGUAAUUUUGAGAUUGAACUCGCCAAAAAAAGCUAAUAGCAGAGCAUCAUAAUCGAAACAUGAAAAUCCUUAUUUAGUUGAUUAGGAUUAAAUUUCAGUUAGGUUAGGUUUUUUUUAGGCAGUGUCCCGAUGGUGCCUUUGUUGUCCAUAAUCCUCAAUUUUGUUUCUGUUUUAAACACAAGUUGGUGUCAUCUUAACAAUUUCUUGUAUUUUUUAGAUAUAACGCUAGUAAAAUAAGGGUGCUUAGAAGAACAAUGUCGCGUUUAUUCUAAAAUUUUCUGAACUAGUUAAAACUUUUUUAGUAUUUGUUUUUAAUAUUUUAGUUGUCCUAUCCUUUUUAAAAAAGAAUUAAAGAUAUGGUAUUAUUUUUCUUGAAAUCUGGAUCUUGAUUGAACAUUUUAAUUUUUUGUUUCACUUGAUGGCGUUUUUACCAAAAAUUGUUAUAUACAUUGUGAUUCACUGUAGAUUGUACAUAGCUUAAAUCCAGAUCAUUUCAUUUGAAAAAUAUCUCCUUAGUCGGGAUUUAUCACGAUAUUUAUUUAAAGGUAAAUAACAAAAAAUUAUAAAAAUUGGUAGGUUAAUUAUUAUGCCCCUUGAAUUUUGCCAUUAAAUAAAUUGUUUUGCUAGUUGAAAUUCUGAUACAAACUUGUAAUCUUUAUAUAAUAAAAUUUUAGUAAAAAUAAGUUUGGUGCUAACACUUCAACUUUAAAAUUAUUAUUAUUUACUGAUAAAGAAAAUGAGGAUAUUUUUAUAUUGCGUUGACCAAGUUACACUUCUGACGAUGGUUAUAUUAAGUAGUUCAAAUGUACAGAACAAAAAUUUGAAACACCUUUAUAACAUAGAACAUUUGCUUUUGAAUUUCGUUUGAGUGAAACUCAAAAUUUAAUCAAAAUUGUAGACGUUGAUUCUUCUAUGCUAUUAUAAUGCAAAAAUCCACACGUUCAAAUAUUGUUGACCGCUUUAUAAAAAAUAAUACAAAGAAGUUUUAAGCAAACCCCGCGAAUCAUUAGCGUUGGAUCAGGGUAAGUGUAAUUUUCUCAAUAAUAUCUAGAUUUAAUGUUUAGGUUCGCCAAACCUUUAUUUAUAGUAUUUAGUUAUGUAAGUUGAGGCUUGAUUAAUUAAUGUGCAUUUCCCGCGGCCUUCUUUCCUGGCUUAACGAGGGUUCCAAAGACUAUAAAUAAAAUAUUCUGCUCAAUACUUGAAGCAAUUCAAAAUGGUUGGGCCGGGCUGGCUGACUUCGCGAAAAUUUUUGGAUGCUGCACAUAUUGAGAGUUUCGGAGCAAUUUAAUGUUGCAGUGAAUGAAUGUAGCUUGAAGAUUGCUCCAAAAGCAUAGUUUGAAAAAUGUAUAUACAUAUAUUGUGAAGUAUCUUUAUGUUUUAGUUGAGAGUACAUUGCCCUGAACCAUAUUAUAUUUUUGUAAAAAGUAUAUAUAUUUAGCUUUAUUGUAUUACUCAUUUAUUUUAAGCAACAUUUGUUUUAUAAUAAAUUUAGUAUGUUAGAACUGUUCAA